CCAUUAAUUUUACCCAUGACAGAGGCAUCAGGCCUUUUGUCCAUUCUUCUUCUUCUUCUUCAUGUCUCUGUUUCUCUUGCAGACUCUUCCGUUUACAGCCCCUUCCUCGACUGUCUACACAAACACACAGAUCCAUCCGACAAUCUCUCCGACAUUGUAUACGCUAAAACCAACGUUUCUUACACUUCAGUCCUUGAAAACUACAUCAGAAAUGCCCGAUUCAACACUUCCUCAACCCCAAAACCCUCCAUCAUCGUAACCCCUUUAAAGGAAUCCCAUGUCCAAGCCACUGUCAUUUGUGCCAAAGACAUCGGAGUCCAAAUCAAAAUCCGGAGCGGUGGCCACGAUUAUGAGGGCACCUCUUAUGUCUCCGACCAACCCUUCAUCAUCCUCGACCUCUUCAACCUCAGGAACAUCUCCGUCGACGUCCAAAACGAGGUUGCCUUCGUUCAAUCGGGCGCCACCCUGGGAGAGUUAUAUUACCGCAUUUGGGAGAAAAGCAAGGUUCAUGGAUUUCCCGCGGGAGUGUGUCCUACCGUUGGCGUCGGAGGCCAUUUGACCGGAGGAGGGUAUGGCAACAUGCUUCGCAAAUACGGCCUGUCUGUGGAUCAUGUUAUUGACGCCACAAUUGUUGAUGUGAAUGGCAGAAUAUUAAACAAGGAUUCCAUGGGAGAAGAUCUUUUCUGGGCCAUUAAAGGAGGAGGUGGCGGCAGUUUUGGCGUCAUACUGUCCUACACUGUGAAACUUGUCCGCGUGCCGGAGAUUGUAACCGUCUUUAGAGUUGAAAAGAGAUUGGAAGAGAAUGCCACUGAUCUUGUGGUUCAAUGGCAAAAUGUUGCUCCUCAUAUAGAUGACAGGCUUUUCAUGAGGCUGCUUUUACAGCCCGUGACUUCCAAGGUGAACAAGAAUCAGAAAACCAUAAGGGCUUCUGUUGUGACGUUGUUUCUUGGACGGGCCGACGAGCUGGUGACGCUAUUGGAGAAGGAGUUUCCUCUGCUUGGUCUGAAGAAAGAAAACUGUAAUGAAACAAGUUGGAUCGAUUCUGUGCUGUGGUGGGCAAAUUUCGAUUUAGGAACCAAGCCAGAAGUGUUGCUCGACAGGAACCUGAACUCGGCGAACUUCCUCAAGAGGAAAUCGGAUUAUGUUCAGACACCGAUCUCCAGAGAUGGUUUGGAGUGGAUUUGGAAGAAGAUGAUCGAACUGGGGAAAACAGGAUUUGUUUUCAAUCCUUACGGAGGAAGAAUGAGCAAGAUUCCAUCAGAUGCGACGCCGUUUCCUCAUAGAGCCGGGAAUCUGUUCAAGAUUCAGUAUUCUGUGAAUUGGAAUGAACCGGGAAGUGAAGCGGACAGGAAUUUCAUAACUCAAGCCAGAAGGCUAUACAGUUACAUGACGCCAUUUGUGUCCAAGAAUCCAAGGAGUGCCUUCUUGAAUUACAGAGAUCUGGAUAUUGGGAUCAAUCAUUUUGGUGAGAAGAGCUUCGAAGAAGGUCAAGUUUACGGGAGGAAGUACUUCAACGACAAUUUCGAGAGGUUAGUGAAGGUUAAGAGUUCAGUGGAUCCACGAAACUUUUUCAGCAACGAGCAAAGUAUUCCUUUGCUUCCAAAUGCACCAUCGAUCAAGCGUUGAAGCCUCGGCUGUGUUAUUCCUCUCUCCUUUGCUUCCCUCGUACACCAUUUGACUAUUACAGUUUCCUUUUUUUUAUUAUUUAAUCUUCAGUAAUUAUCGUUCAAACAAAAAUUGCACUGUAAUUCAUAGCGACAAUAAAAAUAUUAAAAUAUGUUGGCAAAAAAAAAA